GCUCCCUUGAUCGCCUGCUGGCGGUCUGUGGUGAACGUCCCUCUCGGUCUGAAACAGGAAUUUUUCGUCUUCUACCUUAUUUUCCUUCAUUUUCAAUGUAAUCUUUAUUUUUAUAUAAGAGAAUGCAUUGAAAAAGAGCAUCAAGAUGCCUGUCUACAAAGUGUGGAAUGUCUCUCGCACCUCAAAGAAGUCUGUUGCAGCCUUUACCUUUGAUGAACUUGUCAAGAAAAGUGGAGAAAAGCUGGGUUUCCCACUAGUGGCAGAAGUGGUACUAGAGGAAGAUGGAACCACCAUAGAUGAAACAGAGGUGAUGUUAGAAUUCAGUGGAAAAACACUUAUUAUACUUCAGCCAGGAGAGAGGUGGUACCCCAACAACCUACAGCAUAUGAAAGUGGAACCUAAAGACACUUCUUGUUCAGUCUCUGCAGCUGAUUGUAUUGUCCCUUUUGCACCUGCUGCUGUUACUGCUGUCCCUGCUUGCAUUGCCAACACAAAUUCUGCACCUACCUCUGCUUCUACUGAUUAUAUUAUCGACUGUUGGUACCCAAGCAGCUUUAUGAAAAUGGAGCCAGAGGAUAAGACCUACUCAGCAACAAAUGCUGUCACUUCCGCUUUAGCUACUUCUGAUAGUGUUCUUACAAAUUCUCCAUCCCUUGCUGUCAUUAAUUCUAUUUCUGAUCCAGGCCUUGCAGCCAAUUGUUUUACACCAUCUGAUGCCCUGCAUUUAUCUUCCCUUCGAUGCAAGACUAGUUCUUCAACAACUGUUCCCAAGUAUCAAGAAAGGACCAUAGAGACACUAAAGAAUUGUUCCCUACCAACCUUUAGUGCAUAUGUAGAAGAAAACCUGACUGGCGUACAUCCCAGACCAGAAAUUGUGUGGACUCGCAUGAUAAGUGAAGCAGCACAUUACUAUGCUGCAAGGCUGAAGCUAGAGACUUUACGUACUGCUGAGCAGUACAGGCAGAUAGGCAUGGCAAUGUGUAAAAAGUAUCCUGCCAUUGCUCUGGUGGGUGGAACCACUCCAUGGUUUAGCUUCACAAAAUCAUUUUCCCAAAAGAUUAGACACAUGAGGAUGGAACUGAAGAAUAAAAGUCAAGGUGCUACUCAGUGCAUGCCUAGAACAGCUGCAGCCUCUCCAUCAAAACGUGCCAGGUCAUGCUCAGGACCAGUGGCGGCUAUGAAACGUAAGCCGAUUUUCGCAGCGCAGGAUGAAGAGGAGCAUUGCAAGGAGCUUCUUCAAGAAUGGCAACAAAGUGAAAAGAAUACUGAUCACCUGAAACUCCUGAUGAGAAAUACCAAAAAGCAUCGUUACCAACUAAUACACAGUUCUUCAAUUACAGAGGUGUUGAAGCACUAUCCAUGCCUCCAUGACACAGCUUUUAUAUUUCAUGAAUUCUGCGAAAUAUUUGGAGAGCAAGCAGUUGCUGACAUGACAACUAGAAUGUCAGCUUUUGUAAAGGCAGCAAUGACAUUAGCUGGCAUUGAAGAGUCUGCAGCUUCACAGGUUCCCAGCCAUUGCAUAACAAUGGUCAUGUUCCUAGAGAAAAAAACAAUGUGGCAUCAGGGGCGAAAGUCCGGAGGCAGGCAAUCCAUACUGAUUGUAAAAAACGAUAUUUCAGGUGAUGAGAUUGGAGAUCACUUGUUCACAUCUGCAGGUGAUGCACCUCGUCUUGUAUGUUUUUAUGAUGAAGGACAGGACCUCAUAGAAAAACUGUUUGUGACAGCAGAUGGUGUCAAUUUUCAACUAGAUCCAAGGUCUGGAAUACCUACAGGGUUGUUCUACCUAAUGCAGUUUUACUAUGUGUUUGACUUAACCUAUCCAAGGCACUACAGCAUGCUGCUAGCCUUGCUGCAAACUUUAGUUAUAGGUGUUAAAUACAAAGCACAAACGUCAAUGGGAUACCGCCUACUGGCUUCCCAGAUUAUGAAAAAGUUGGAGUGAUGGUUUCCUAACAGCCUUUUCUUUAAUUUAUGAAUUGAAUGGUUAAGAUGUUAGUAUAUCAAGAGCAGUAGAGAUUCUUUAAAUUCUACUGAUUUCCAGAUUUAUUAAUGAAAUCUGCUUAAAUCAUUUUUGAUAUAUCUGACAUCAUAUGUUGUGUACAGUCAUAGCAUAUAAAUCUUUCACAUUUCAUUUGAAAAUUUUGAAAGUGUUUGAGGCAGCACCUUGUUUAAAACUCGUUUGCUGGCCGGUUUCUAUCCUUUUUAUUUAUUUGCAGUAUUAUAUGUGUACACUUUGUAGACAGUGUUUGAAUACUAAUAGCUGUUUUAAAGCAUGUUUGACUUCCACAAAGGCAGCUCCAAACACAAUACAUGCAAGGAAUAAUAAGGCAUAUAGGAACACAUGGUUGAAAAACGAUGGAUGCAAAAUGAUAUGUUAGGAAAAUAAAGAACGCAAGAACAAAUAUUUAUAAAUGUAGUCACAAAAUAUAUCAGGGUGAAUGGGGAUUAGCUGCAACUACCUAGAUUUUGAAAUAAGUGGUUAUGAAAGAUUUUAAUAACUGAUAUAGUUUAAAUAUAUUUCUGUUCAUA